UUCUUUUUUAUUGUUGCUAGGACGUUAGCUUACUAGCUAGCUGAAUAACGUCCGGCUUUACCACUCAAUCAGAUGAUAGAAUAGCUUCCCUCCCCUUCCUACAUUGCAUGAAACUGUUUAUCAGUCACUUGCACCAACUGUCAUUCAGAUAAAGAAACGGCAAGCUAACUAGUCAGUGUACCUGCGCUACAGUAACUAGCCAGUUUAUUUUCUCGUGUUAGCUAACUAUUCCAUGACAUAUUGGUUAUCCAGCUAACUAGCUUUAUUUUUUCCUAAAGCAAUGGCUGCAGACCUGCAAGGGAAAUACACCAAAUUGGCCCUGGAGUAUUCAAAGCUCCGGGCACAGAACCAGGUCUUGAAGAAAGGCGUGGUAGAUGAGCAGGCCAGCUCCACCUCUCUUAAGGAUCAGGUGAAGCAGCGAGAACAGAGCCUGAGGAAGGUGGAGCAGGAGAUGGACAGUCUCACCUUCAGGAACCAGCAGCUGGCUAAGAGAGUAGAGCUGCUGCAAGAGGAACUGGCUGCCAGUGAGGCCAAGGGCAAGAAGAGCAAGAACAAAGGGGACUCCCCCUCCCAACAGGGCUUGCAGCAGACCCAGAGUGUGUUUGAUGAGGACCUGCAGAAGAAGAUCCAGGAGAACGAGAGGCUUCACAUCCAGUUCUAUGAGGCUGAUGAGCAGCACAGGCAGCAGGAGUCUCAGCUGAAGGGCCUGUUGGAGGAGCUGGAGAGAGACCAUGAACAGCACCAGGCCAUAGUGGACGGACUCACCUCCAAAUACAUGGACACUAUUGAGAGACUACAGAGUGACAAGGCCAGACUAGAGGUGAAAUCCCAGACUCUGGAGAGGGAAGCUAAAGAGUGCAGAGCUCGGACAGAGGAAUGUCAGCAGCAGUUGAGGAAGUGUCAGUCAGAGCUCAGCAGACAGGUGAAAAAGAGCAGCAUUGUCAUCCAGGAGAAAGUGCCUUUCAACGACACCAAAUUCAGUGACUACAACAGUCUCAACGUUCCACCACACAACAGAAGACACCAGUUGAAGGCCCGAGACGUGGCUGGUCAGGCCUUAGGCUUCGUCCAGGACAUAGUGGCUGCUCUGUUAAACUUCCACUCCUACACAGAGCAGAGGGUACACAUCUACCCUCUAGACUCCUCUAUCGAACCCAUCUCACCACUCAACCAGAAGUUCUCCCAGUAUCUACAUGAGAAUGCAGCCUAUGUGCGCCCCCUGGAGGAAGGACUAGUGCAACUACACCAGAGCAUCACAGAGAACACAGUAACAGUGCUGGAGACUGUGGGGAAACUCAAGGACUUUGCCGAUCACUUCACUUCCUACACCCACUUUCUGCAGAAGAUUCUACCAUACCAGCUCAAAAGUCUGGAGGAAGAGUGCGGGACUCCUCUGUGUACCUCCUCUCUCACCUCGAAGAACCAGGAGCUGCAGAGUGACAUGAAGAGAAUAACUUCUUUGUUCGACAAACUACACAGCUACAUCAGCCUUCUGGCCUUACCUAGUGUUCGACAGGACUCCAUGCCCCAGAGCAGUUCCUCUGCUGUCUUCACCCAGCUAGCUGCCUGUCUACACAGCCUUCACGAUGCGGUCAAAGAGAUGUCUACUCAUUACAGCCAGAAGGCCAGUCUGGAACAGGAGUUGUCUACAAUCACUCAGAAGCUCCGCACUACUAAUGAGUGUCUGCUGGCUUCCCUGGGCUCCCUCACCAGCAGCACCGGCAAGAUUGCGACGUUCUUCAGCAACAACCUGGAUUUCUUCACGUCUUCCACAGGCUACAGUCCAAGAGGAGGGGCCGGGGCACUCAACCCCCUGCAGGCAGAGAGCAUGCUGGGUAACAAGAAGAAGGCCUCUGACUACAUGCAUGCCAUCAGAAAGCCCAGACCAGAGUCCGUUCCAUACAGAGAGGCCCUGUUGCACCGCCGUGUUCUAACUAGCUCUACAGAGAGCAGAGAGGGACUCACACAACAGGUGGUGGCGAGCCAGGAGAAGAUUGCUCGUCUGGAGCAGGAGAAGGAGCACUGGUUGCUGGAGGCCCAGCUGGGCAGGGUGAGGCUGGAGAAGGAGAGCCAACGCAUCCAUGACCUGGAGACACAGCUGUCCUCUGCCCUGGGAGGAGGAGGCAGCCCAGCCCACUCCCUGGGCCAGGCCCCGGGCAGCCCAGCUCUCACCAGCCUGGAGGACGGAGAGGUGGAGGAGAGAGGAGCAGGGAAGGAGACAAUGCUAAGCAACAGUCUGGUUGGCAUGUUAACCACAACUCCUACCAACGAGGAAGUGGGAGACGAGGAGUCCAGAGAACAGCUGAUUAAGACCCACUACAUGGCCAGAGUAGGAGAGCUCACCACACAGCUACAGGUCUCUGACAGCAAGGCUGUUAACUUCCAUGCUGAGUGUCGAGCCCUGGCCAAGCGUCUGGCUAUCGCAGAGAAGUCACGGGAGACUUUGACGGAGGAGGUCAAACUGGCCAAUCAGAACAUCACACGUCUCCAGGAUGAACUGGCCACGACCAAGAGGAGUUACAAGGAACAGCUCAGUAUGAUGAGUGACCACCUGUGCAGCAUGAACGAGACUCUCAGCAAACAGAGAGAGGAGAUUGACACACUCAAACUGGGCAGCAAAGGAAACUCCAAACUCCUGAAGAAGAGUCGGUAGGAAAGUCUGUUGGGAAACCUGCUCCAUUUUGGAUCGGCAGAGCACCCUGGACUGAGCUUUACUAUGGGACAACCCACCCACUACAGUCCUGUUAGCUUCCUAGCACCCCAAGAUGGAGGACCCUGUUAACUUCUCCUCUAUCAGAGGGUGGGCUAUUGGGGGGGGUGUCUCUGAUACCACUCUGCUUAAGCAGUUUAUCUAAUGUGUAUUUCUGAUUGACACAGAUAAUGACUUGUGUAAAGUGCUUCCUAACGUGUGACGGAGAGGGCAGACUGACAACUGCUUGACCCUUUGACCUUUGGCUUGAGGGAAGUAGAGGAAAAAUUAAUAAGGAGAAGAAAAAAAAUAUCUUAGCGAGGUCAUGGAUGCUCACGAAAGUCAGGGAAUGAAGACCACCAAGCCCUUAUGGUUACUGUCUCUCUCUCUGUGCAAUGACAGAAAUAUGUAUUACUCAAAUUGCUAUUAAGUGGGAAGAGGAGAUCAUACGAAAGAGUGAGAAUGUGUUUGCGUGCCUGACUGACUGGGUUUUCAUUAUGUAAGAGAAUGUCUGUCUAAUACUGUGACUUGACUUUUGUGCCAGGCUUUGAGUGGGACAGAAAAUAAUUUAAUCUUUCCAUGUUUUAUUAGAUGGUUUUUAGUUUCAGUGAGAGAAUUUGUGAGGGACUGUUGGUUAUGUUUACCACAGUCUUCUGUUUGAAGAAGGGCUGCCCCAGAUGAAAUCAAGGAAUGAAUGAGUGACCAAUUAAUUACACACACUAGCCUCUGACGCCCAGGCUUCGCGCUUAACCGAAAGCCUGAAAGACAGACACGCACACACACAUUCCCUUAACUAGAUAUCCCAUCUAUCCUCUAGAACGGAUGGAAGAAUCCAUACACUCAAGUAGCAUUGAUGACCUUACUAGCCAGAGGGUGUAGAUAGACAAGGGCUAUGUCCCAAUGGCAGACUAAUUCCAUAUUUAGUGCACUGGCUUUGGUAAAAAAAAGUAGUGCACUAUAUAGGGAAUAGUGUGCCAUUUUGGAAGUAGUCCAGGGGUGUAUUCCGUGAGGUGAAAUGUAAAGAAUGUAACGGUGCAGAUAGAAAUGCAGUGACAUAGAAUAGAUCUGUCUCGAUUCCCCAAUCAGUUUUAACAUGACAGAACUGUUCUAUAGGAUAUUUCUAUCUGAACUAAACGUUCUGUAAUGUUGCGCCGUUCUGAACUAGGCCCAAGGUAGAGUUCAGAAAAUGGUGACCGUUUGUUUGUGAUGUUUCUGUAGUGUGGAUGUGCACUGAGGAGAACUAUGUUUGCGUCCCAAAUGGCACCCUAUUCCCAAAUAGUGUGUUACUUUUGACCAGAGCCCUAUGGAUCCUGGUCAAAAGUAAUGCACUAUGUAGAGAAUGUGGUGCCAUUUGGGACAUAGUAUGUGUAGCACCACAGUCUCCAAACCCAUGUUAUGUAUUGAUGAAAAAGGGUUGUGAAUAUAAUACUCCUUUUGAAUCAUUCAAUGUACAUGUAUUGUAUUGUGUACUUUUUUAAAAAGUAAUAUACUAAAAAACAAAGACAUUCAUUCUAUGGUUUCAAAUGUCUAAUUUCCAUGAUGACCCAAUGAAAUGACUGGUUGAUGAUCAAUGAAAAAGAUAAACAUCAAGGUAAUCAAUCACUCACCUGCAUUUAUUUUUUGAUUAUUGGGUUUGAGGUAUUUGGAAAUAUGUCUAUUGAAAGGCAAUACACACGCAGAAAGGUCCACUCUCUUGGAACUGUAGUGAGAUGAUCACUGUUUGUGUACGGCACUUUACAAUUGUAUUAUUGGCAUGUUGGCAAGCUAGUCAACCCCUUGUCUGGAAAUGUGUAAUGACAUCUCUAAACUGUUUAUAAUUAACAGAAGGGUCGUGUUCAUUGGGGUACACCGUAGCAAAACUUUCAUCAACGGAAAAUGAAAGUUCAGAUAGUAAAAUGCUGUUUCAGCCAGUUUUGGAACAUUUUCUUCCAUUUUGUACCUACUUAACACACUUCUGGACUCUUCUUGCUUGUGUGUUCUAGUGAUAUAUAUAUAUAUUGUGGCAAAUAAAACAAUCUUAUCCUGUGGACGGUUUAGACCGAAAAUUAGUUUUGACGAGUUUGGAUGCUUCUGACAGGUUUUGAUUGGUUCUUACGUGUUAAGUUCAGCCACCAGGUUUACCAAUAACGAGAUCUCUAUUAUACCUUCCAUUGGAUCUUUUAUAUGAUGAGAAUUCAAGAGGUUUGCCAACAUGCCCUAUACUACUGAAACUUGUAAAACAAUGUAAUCUGACUGACCAACAGAUUGCACAUAUGAAAUAAAUAAUAAAGAGCUCAAUAUUCUUUG